GAUAAACUUAUUAAAUAGGGGGAAUGAAGCGGCAUUCAAUUGCUUAUCUACUAGCCAAUCGCAGCACCAUACCGUUGAGUUUGUAUACAACAAUCAAUAAGAACUCGUGUCGCUAUUGUGCCAAUUCGUCCAGUUUGAAAUCAACAACCGAGGAAGCAAUCUCAGACUCUGACAAAGGUGCGAAGUCAAGCGAUGAAAAACUAAAAGGAAUUCUGGCUAAUAUCAAGCUGAAGCGAGUCCCACUGGACCAAGUGAUCCAAGACCCAAACGCACAAAAACGCGACCAGAAAGUGACUGGAAAUGAGCAAUUUGUGAACCAUGCCAGAACACAAGCCAGAAAGGAGGCCGUCAUUGCAUCGAAGGCGUUCAAAGAGAAAGUCAAAGGAACAAAAAUGAAGCAGAUUCAGAACGAAUUAGCCGAAUUGUGUGAAAUUGCAUUGGGAGCGAAGGACGAAUCAGGCGAACACUACGGAAGAGGAAUGCGAGCGAAUGCGAUGAGUAAUGAGCUGAACAAAUUGCAACAACAGGAAGAAGACACUGUUUAUGAAGGUUUGGAAGAGGCUGAAAGUCCAUAUGAAGAGGAAACAUAUUCAAAUAUGGAGUCAAGCGCUAAACAUUCUCCCAAGUGGGAAAGUUUUGAGGAGUCUAAAAAGCUAUCUAAUAUGCUCAACAGAAGUUUACUUCAAUCAUUCAAAGAAUCUUCAAAAACUGACGAUUCAAUGGUCGACUAUCUCAACCCAAUCCGUAAAGAAAGCAAAUCUAAAACUGAAAAGAAACCACUCAAAACUUCAGAAAAAGAGCAAGAUGUAAAUGAGGUUCAAAAUCAACUUGCGAAAGUUCUAGAAACUGAUGAAGGUUAUAAAAGUCCAUUGAUGAGAGCUAUCAUAGAACAUCACGAACGUAUGGGUAACAAAAAUAAGGAGGUGAAUUUUGAAAAAGUGACGAAAGUUUCCAAGUCAACCAUGAACAAGAGCCGAAAACGUGCUAUAAAUUGGCUAGAGGAGCAAAAAGGUACUCGCGAAAAAAAGCAGCAUGAAAGAAGUGACGAACUUGAACAAUUUGAUGAUAAAAAAGCAACGAGAUACGGGUCUAAAUUCCAGCAAAGUGUUGAUCUAGAAGGUGGUGAAACUGGUUUGAGAGCUUUGAUGCAGCAAUUCCCCAGACCUUCAGCUGAAACCAGGGAAAAGGUUGACGAUUUGACCCCUAAGGAGUUUAAGGUUCAAAGGCAAACAGGUCAAAAUCGAGAGUUGGAUGAAUAUUUUGCUGACAUAUCGCAGUAUGCACAAAAUGAACUUCAAGAGACGGAAGAUGAUUCGCAAGAAUGGUUCCAGGAAAGGUCAAAUUUGAGAGGUGAAGGUCAACAAAGACGCGACCGACGAGGUGAAUUUUCAAAUAAGUCUUAUCCGUUAUAUGGAAUGGAGCGUCUUAAUAUAUUCGAUCCAAAAUUCUGCAAGCGAGUUGAAGUUGAAUCUUCGUCUGAAAAAGCGAUACAAAAUCAGCUUGAUUCAACGUGGAAUGUUUUGUUACACAAAGAUACAGCUGCGCUUUUUGAAACACCGACUCAAAAUGGAUUUGAAGAGAUGAUUAAAUUGACAAAUCAGGGAAAACUCUGGAAGUUUCCAAUCAACAACGAGCAGGGAUUUGAGGAAGAAGAGAAUGUUCCGUUCCAGGAUCACGUGUUUCUACUGAAAUUUGUGGAAGACUUCCCGAAACAUCCGAGAAUUCAGACAUUCAUGGAGGUUGUUUGUGUUGGCUUGUCUAAGAACCACAAGUUGACCUUCGCGAAGAAACUGUCUCAUCUGCACACACUAAAACAGUACUUCGAAGAGAGAUUUGAACUACUCAAGAGUAGCGCCGAUUUCGAAGACGAUCAAGAAAUAGACUGAUUAAUUGAUUGAAGAACUAGCUAAUUGAUAUGAGAUUUAAAUGAAAUAUAAUGUCUAUUG